AUGACUUCUCGAGCACAAAAGGUGCCCACUUCUCCAGUUCGCCUGAUAAACCGCACCGUACGGUUCACUUCAAAUAUCUCCCCCAUGCCAGCAGCAAGAAUGGCUCACCGGGUCUCACGCCGAGACUCAUGGCCGCCAACCAUGAUGCGUCUGCACCCGAGCAUCGAGUCCGAGGACGCGGCGAUGGAUGUCGACUCCAACCAACACGACCUAACCCUGGAGGAUGAUGAUCCCAUCAACUACUUCCUCACUCCCACGCCCCUUCUUGACGAUGGUGACACCGACGACGACAUGGACUCGAUGGAUCUGGAGAUGGACAUGUUCGAUGCGGGCAUCGAAGACUCCCUGCACCCUCAGCCAGCCAUCCGGAGCAUCAGCCCGUCCGACUUGACCGGCCCAACCCGGCCACCGUCCUCACUGCCCAAGAUGUUCCCCCUACCCAUCCGAUCCCCGACCCCUCCCAAGGCGAGAACCGGCUCCAGGUCACCGCCCUCGAGGAACUCCCCCGAGGCCCUGACCCCUAGCAUGGACGCCGAUGACGAUGAUGAGGACUACGUCCGCUUCACCCCGGGCGGCAGUCUCGCCCCGCUCAGCCUCUACAACAACUUCGCGAGCUCCAAGUCCAAGGGUGCCAGCCGCAAGGCCGCCGCCAACAAGGCUAGGGCGCAAGAUACACUGGACAAGAACGACAGGGUGGGCAUGAUGAUGACGCACGGCCCCUCGGUUUCCUCCACCAACCUCCUCCUUUCGCCGGACGCUUUCCACGUGGGCCGGCCCCCGACAGCGCCCACCACGCGCGGGAGGUCGACCACCGCAGCUGGCGGGAGGGGUCGGCCCCGGCUCGUCCAGCGACCUCGCAGCUGGUCCGGCCCCAUCCACGCUGGACACUUUGGCGGUGUCGAUAACAACCGCCUUUCGCCGCGGGCAUGGCGCGAGCCUAGCCCCGACGUCUGGUCGAUCGAGGAGGACCCCGAGGCCGAGAUGAUGAGCGAGUUUGGCGAGGGGAGCGUCGAGGUUGACACCCUCGGCCACAAGACUGGGGUGAUGACCCCCGGUAGCGACAAGGCGGGGAAGAAGGUGCGCUUUGCGCUGCCUGUCACGGAGAUUCCUUGA